GGGCCUUGAAAGGGGCGAAGAUGGCAGUAGGCUUUUAUGGGCUAUAUAUAAUAAACUGUGACAUUGUUUCCAGCUGAGCAGUGUUUGCCUGUAGUGUGGAGUGGCAUAACUAGGAGUCAAGGCGUUUUCCCAAAGCUCCUUUCUUUCCUGAGAUUGUUUCAUAUCUGCCCUUAUUGUUAUCUAUUGUGUUCACAUUGUUUUUUUUUUCUGUUAGUCUAUUUUCCUUCCUUGUUUUUAAAGAACAGCUUAUCUGUAUGCCCCAGAAGGGCGUGACUCAUAAAGAUCACAAGCUUUUAGAACAAGCAAAGGCACAGCCUGCUGACUAGAAGAGAACAUGCUGAGGUUUUCAGACACAAGUGCCACAUCGCGUUUGCAGAAGGCAGCAACUGCGUCCUGAGAUGCACGCUGCCGGGGUUCUGCCGAGUUCCAGAGCUCGCGUUUCCACCAUCGACUGGCAGGCAACUUUACAAUGGAUGACAGAGCAGACUCUUUGCUGAUGACUGUACAUCUUCUUGCCAACUCGGGACGUUCAUCGCUUCUGCAGCAAACCCUGGAUCGGCUUUUGGAGUGGAUUUGCCCGGACAUUCGACUUUUCCUUGUGUCCGAGCGUGUUACGCCUUUGAAAUACUGUGAGAGGUAUCGUAAGAGAAGCUGUGGAUUUCCUGGAACGUCUGUUCUCCUUUUUCUACAUGAGGACUUUGGAGAAGAACGGAUUUUCCAGGUCCAUGAUUUCUUCCAGCAUCCACCAUGGCGCUACCAGUGUGUCCAAAUUGCUAAUGGGCAAAGCCAUCCCUAUGCACCCGCUAGCCAGGACUUUUAUGGCCUAGAUGACCAGAUGCCGGUGUGGGGCAUCAGGCAGGUGCACUGUGGCUCUGAAAUUUUGCGUGUGACCCUCUACUGCAGUUUUGAUAACUACGAUGAUGCAGUGAGAUUGUAUGAGAUGAUCCUACAGAAAGAAGCAACUGUGCAGAAAACUAACUUCUGUGUCUUUGUGCUGUACACAACAAAAAACAUUACUAUUCAGCUCUGCUUGAAGCAGCUGCCCAUUGGAGUUUCUGUUGAGCCGAAAGAAUCAUCACUCUUGCAGUUCAAGGUGCAAGAAAUUGGGCAGCUGGUGCCUCUCCUGCCUAAUCCAUGUAUUCCUAUCAGUAGCACCAGAUGGCAAACGCAAGAUUAUGAAGGAAAUAAAAUUCUACUCCAGGUUCAAGGCAACUCCAAGCACAGUGAAAAAAAUGGAUUUUCCAAUGAGCAUAAUAAUGCAGGCAGCGAAAAACUCCUCUGUAACUCUGCCCAAACACCUUUCUCCAUAAAGUGGAUUAGCCCAGAACAGAGGAGCCGGAUGGUCAGAACUGUGAAGAGUAAAAUGAAAUCUGGACAAAGUGAAGCUCUUACUCCCAAGCAAACAAGCAACGUUCUUCACAGGCCCUUCUGUUCUUCUCGCAGUGGUCCAGCAGCCCCUUCCCAGUGGGAUGCCACCCCUUUCCACGUGCACUCAAGCAGCAAGCUGAAAAUGUCUCACCAGGAAAGCCAGCCUCCUAGGCAGGAAGCUGAGACUAAUGUUGACACCGGCUUCACUGUGGUAAAUGCUGACUGUGACCGCUCCCCUCUNAACCGCUUUUCCAGGGAUUUGCGGACCAGCCUUCUCCAGCCACCAGCACCCAGCUAUUCCCUGGCCGCCGCUGGCUCCAGCAUCAGCUUACCCUCCGAGGACAGAACCCAUCUGUCCUCUUUUGCAGCCAAAAGGAAUAAAGGAGAUGGGCAAAGAGCUUCAGGCUUUCACUUGCAAAUAUCGAGAGCCAGCCCUGGAAACAGAACUGAGGAGGAGGAGGAGGAAUUCUUUAUAUGACUGAAAACAAAUGUGCCAGAUGGACUGAUCUCUUCCAAAUGAUAGCUAAGUGCUUUAAUCUGGAAACACAGUGAACGCAGUCUGCAUAUUGUGUUUCUUUGUGCUGUGACCACUGAUGCUUAGCUUACCUUUGUAACUGUGAAAAAAUGUCAGUAGAGGGCUUACUGAGACGGAGGGAUGCUUAUUUUCCAUGGAGAGAUACUAAGGAGGCUGAAGGCAAAGCAGGAAAAAUAACACUAUUUACAGAAAGGUUUAUUUUUUUUAAUGCAGCGUAUAUUGGAGGAUUAUUGUGCAAUAAAUAGGAGUAAGCCAUACAAAUCCUUCUGCCGUUAUAAAAUGUUAAGAAAUAACUAGAGAUAUGUUCAGAUAGUGUUAGAGCUUCUAGCUCCUUUGAGCACAGUAACCACCUGCAGGGGCUUGUCCUCAGCUGGUGUGAGAGUAUUGGCCCAAGGUAGUGGUACGGUUGCAACACUUGCACCCACCUGUGUUCCUUCUUACUUUCCCUGUUGUUGAUACUUAAAAACUAUCAAAAUUGUCAAUUUUAUGCAUGAAUCAAAACAUAGCAACAUUUUUUUGGAAAUAUUUUUGAAGAAAAAAUUUCUACAUUGGCCUUUGCCCAAAUUGGCAUCGUACACACAAAAAGGAAACACUUGCAAAGAAUUGUUUGAGCUAUGUGUAUGCUCCAGUAAGACUCUUCCGUUGCCAGGCCUUAUGAUACUUAACAAAAUAAAACCACAAACAGGCUAGUCUUUGUUAGACCAGUGUGCAAUUACCAGCAGGAUGAUGGAAAUCCUAAUUGGAUUUUAUAGAGCAGAAGACAAGAGAAGUUAGAGUCUAGGAGAGAACUGUCAGAAUACUGAAGGGUAGAAAGGACAGGAGAAAUGAAGUAAUUUAAAAGCAACGGAUGCCUGAAUAACUGCAGUCUUGAUCAACAGUUUUGUUUUCUCAAGUAGGAUUAACUAAAUCUUAAAGGGAGAGAGACAGGAAGAGCAUGACUGAGGAUGAAGUUAUGAAAAGAAAAGCAAAAUCUGAUCAUUGUAUUUACCUUCCCAAAAAACAGAAAUAGAGGUUUUUUUUUCCUUAAAUAUAUCUGAAUUUGCUUUACAUGAAGAUGAGAAUUUCUCUGGAAAGUGCCUACUGAUUGCCUCUUGUUAGCUUCUAACUCAGGUUUGCUUUGUGAUGGCUUCUGCCCGUCCAAGGACAGGCAGAAGGUGACAAACAGCAGAGAUGUGUAACAGCAGAGUGUUCCUGCAGCAUGGUUCGGGAUAAUUUUAGUAGUGUUCAGCACUUGCAUCUGUGCCAGAUGAAUGCGACCCAUAUUGCACUGGGGGAACUCAAUUACCUGAAAAAGUGCAAACUGAAUUCUUUGUUACUAGUGGACUGUGUAGCCCAGUGGGACUUGGGAGUGGUGUGAUUGCAGCGUGUUAGUUCGGGCUUCGGGAAGGUCCAGCUUUCUGGUGAGGGUUUAAAGGUAAAGCUAAGUCUAUCUAAAGAGUUGCAGCUGGGGAGUAGGACAGUCCCCGCUCCAUGCCUACAUGUUCUUGUAGUUGUUUUUGUCCUGGCAAUGGAGCCCAUGUACCCUUCAGUCCGGGGAUCUAAACCUACAGAAAACUAAACAAUUAAAAAAAAAAUGGGAGGGAGAAUAGUUUUCUGCUGGGGAUAGGCGAGGAAAGGAAACAGGAUUAUACCUCAACCACAGCUUCGAGGUGUUGGAUUGGUGUGUCAAAGCUGUGUCACCUCCUAACUUGCAUUCUGUCACUUUGCUCCGAAUAAGCGUGGGCCUGCUCUGGGAGGCAGCUGUGCGAUCGCGCCCAAACCUCUGUCGGUAGAGCCGCUCGCUGCAUGUAUUCAGAGUGCUGUCUCCACGCGGCAGCGACAGCGCAGGCGGCAGCUCGCACCCUGCCUCCUGGCCUCGUCGCUGGAGGGCCGAAGGGGAAGCAGGCACCGUCACCCUGGUGGGUCUUGGCACUCCCAUUGCCACAGCGCAGUCAAGAGGGAGGUGGAAACUGCCAGGGGAAAGGUGUGCACAGGAGAUGUGAUGUUUGAGGUUUGGAGUGACAAGCGCGCGUGCGCUCCCGGUGAUGGUUUCCAAGGCUGCGUACCUUCAUGCUGUGCCAUGCUCUUCAGAAAACAUAUUACGAUGUGAUGGAGUCCUAAAGAGAGGAAGAGCCGCUAUGUGGGUUUUACCUAUCACAGAUCUAGCUCUGCAGGUCUGUUGUCAGAGAUAGGUGAUCAUUUUCUACUUGAUUCAUUGGACGCUUGACAAAAAGACCUAUCUUCUCCUGUGUUCUGUAAAGUUUUGAGGUUUCUUAAUAAAGC